AUGCACAACCAGAUCAACGCCUCAACGGGCAUGGACCAGGAGAGCCACCUUUCACCAGACAACACAUACGGCAACGACAACUGGGUGAACAUGAACUCAUUCCAGACGACCAUGUCCGACUAUGGAGGCGGCUUCGGAUUCAUCCCCCCCAUCACUCACGGGUUGCCCUCAGAGUCUCUGAACAGGAUGCCGCCGCCACCAGCUCCUUCGCAACCGAUACAUCAACAGCCCCAGGCUUCACAUACGCAACUGCCAAUGCUCAUGAUGCCUCAUGCGACGUGGCCGAGUAUGUUGACAAACCCGAAUAACUAUGGCCCGCCGCAUUCCGCUCCGCCAGUGGCCAUUCCCCCAAUGACGGCGCCGCUCAAGACAUCCAAGCUGCCCGCUAUCCAGACCACAUCGCAGCCCAGGAAGACGCUGACAGACGAUGACCGCCGCGCAAUGUGUCAGUACGCCGAAGAUCACCCCACCGCCAAGCAGACGGAUAUCGGUGCCAGGUUUGGCGUUGAGAGGAGCACUGUAUCCAAGGUCUUGCGAAAUAAGGACAAAUAUCUUAACUCAGAGGAGCGGAGCAGUUCUCCGGUUAAGCGCAACAAGGGGAAAGGCGCCGACAUUGAAAAGGCACUAACAAACUACCUCCGUAAGGCGCAGGAUUCGGGCAUCGCCGUGACCGGCGAAGACCUCAAGGAGAAGGCGCGACUCUUCUCGGCCAUGACUGCUGGAGAGCCGCUUCUCAAGCACAACACCUCGGCAUGGCUUGACAAGUUCAUGCUGAAGCACGGGAUAGGCCCGGCAGGAAGGUUGAUGCGUCGAGCCUCCGAGACCAACAUUGCUGAUAGCAUCCGCGCUUCGCCGGCUCUAACAACGUCUCAGCCUUCAAGCGCCAUUUCUCCUGCUUCACCCUCUGGGCAUCUCUCCCCGUCUCCCCUGUCGGCGAAUAAGAGCGACGAGGAAAAAGAGAACAUGAACAAUUUCAUGGACUUUGCUCCAGAUGGCGUCUAUAAACACUCCAACACGCAGAGCACGACGUCCUUAUCCAGCAGUUUCACAGACACAGCAGCGCAGCCUUUCUCCGGAGGCGCACUGAGUCCAACGAACUCGUUCAGUUUCUCUCCAGACCCCAAUAUGGGAGGCUUUCUCCCUGGAGAUCAAUCCAGGCAAAUCCCACCGCACGCCGGUGGUCCAGGUUUUCAACGACCCCGGAGUCAAACUUUCCCAACCCUCGAUCUGGAGUACCUGAACCAAUCUCAGUCUACGGAGCCCUUGACUCCAAAAUACCAUAUCUCGUCUGCCGCACCCUCCUCGACGAUUGAGCCGUCGGGGGGCGAGCCGGCCAUGCCAAACUUUAGCCUCGAUCAAGCCGUUUCCUCGCCCCGCCUUCGGCAUAGCAGCAGCAACAGCAGCAUUGCGGGUCGUUCGACGACUACACCGAUUACGACCAGCGCUGUUGGCUCGUCUCCCAGCUCGCCAACACAGGAGGAUGCGCGCAAGGCUGCCGACACUCUGUUGUCAUUCAUUACGAAUGCUAGCGGGUUCGCGGACAAGAACGAAUAUCUGAUUGUUGCCCGGUUGACGGAGAAGCUGCGCAUACAUCAAGGCCAACUGGCUAAGGUCUCGCAUGGGAUGGGAGGACUCUCGCGCAUUCCCGAAGGCGACAGUGAAAUGCCAAAUGCCCCCUCGGCCAUGAUCAAAGUGGAACAGACUAUGAGCGGUUAA